CACGCAACCGCCACUCCCGCGCAACACGACGACGGCCAGUUGAUUUCCCGAUUUGGUUGCCCUCUCUACUGUUGUAGUCUGUUCGUUCCCCCCUCCCUCCGCGCCGCGCUCCCUUGUCCUUCUCCUUCUUCUCCCUUCUCCCACUCGAGAGAGCUGCAGGGAGGUCGCCAAGUCCGACGACGAGAGGAGAGAAGCAGCUGCCGUUUCGGCUCCAGCGUAUGGCGGCGGCCGCCCCGGUGGCGCCCGGGAGCGGCUGCCUCAGCCGCCCGCGCCAUCGCCCGCCCUGGGUGCGGCUGCGCGGCGCGAGGGUCGCCGCCGCGGCGGCGGCCGCGGCGGAGGGGCCGUCCUGCCUCUUCGUGGGGCCAAUCGAGACCGCCAGCCAGGAGAAGCUCGAGGCGCUCUACCACCAGGCCAGGGAUUCCUACUACAGUGGCCAGCCAUUGAUCGUCGACGACAUGUUUGACAAAGUCGAGCUGAAGCUCCGGCUUUAUGGCUCCAAAUCAGUUGUAAAAUACCCCCGCUGCAGCAUCAUCAGGCAAUCGACCUACGCUGACGCCGAGGAGGACCAAGCGAUGUUUAUGGCAUUGUCAAGCAUAUGGAUGUUGCUCCUCCUGUUCGGUACCUCAGCCUUUCUUGUCCCUAGUCUGUACACUCUGAGCAUCGCGGUCGGGGAUGUGUUUGGAGCAAGGCACCUCCUGUACGGUGAAAAGUCCCUUGAUACGAUAACAAGAGUUAACGACUUGGUUUUGGUUGGAUUGGGGCAUGUAAUUGGUUAUCCCAUCGCUUCUGCGUCCGUUGGUGCACUGCGGGGCUUAUUGACAAACAAUUUGGUCGCACUAAAAGGGUCCUGCCCAAAUUGUGGUGAGCAGGUAUUUGCAUUUGUUAAGACUGAUAAAUCUGUUCGAGCACCUCAUCGAGCAGAAUGUCAUGUCUGUGAAUGCCCUUUGGAGUACCGCACGAAAAUUGAGAAAUCUUUGUCAGGGCCUAGAAGAAGUUGGGUCUAUGGCCGGGUUUAUCUAGUGAAGCAAGGACAUCCUAGGAAACGGAAAUGGAUAAAUGACUAAAAUUUUAGUUGCACCUGCUGAGGCAAGUUUAGAUAAUCUCAUGAGAUGGCACUCUUCUGAUCGACUGAAACAUUUUUCAGAUGUCACUCUUAUAUUGAUCAGAAGGGCUUACUUUGUACGAAUCUUUGAAACAUUGAUCAAGUCAAGUGUUUUGUAAAAUGGAUACAUUCCUUUCUGAGAUGUGUCCAUACGCAGCGGAUGAAACCAUGCUGCAUUUUUUUUUUCUGUUUUUCGUGUUUAGAUAAACCCAGGAUACAAUUUGGAUUGAGAACUACUCAAGAGGUUAGGAAGGUGUCAUUGCUAUCAGGAGGGAGGGUUGCUGAAAGGCCGACGCUCAUUUGAUCGAAGAUGUGCGUGAAUUAAUUUAUCCUGGAUAACUCAGCAUGUAUACAGACUUGUCCAAACGUGAUGUGUUAUACAAGUAUAUAUAUGAAGUUUUCAGGGUUAA